AUGCAAUUCUCAACCGCCCUCAUUGCCGCCGUCGCCUUUGGCUUCGCAAACGCCGUUUCUUUCACAAACUCGGCCUUCAACGGUAUUACAGCUGGACAACCAAUUGAGUUGACCUGGACCGAUGCUUCGGGACCAGUUACCAUCACCUUGAAGAACGGUGCUUCCACCGACCUCCAGACCGUCAGCGUUGUUGCCAGCGGACAAACUGGUAGCUCAUUCACAUGGAGCGUCCCAUCUACCCUCACCCAGGACACCUAUGCUCUUGAGAUUACCGACUCUUCGGCCACACCAAACUACAGCCCUCAAUUCGAGCUCAUCGGUGGAGCACCUGCUACUUCAUCUGCUGCUUCGUCAAUCUCAGCAUCCGCUUCUUCUGCCUCAAGCUCUGUCGCUUCAUCCAUCAGCUCCGUCACAUCAUCUCUCUCAUCCGUCGCAUCUUCCAUCUCAUCCUCCCUCUCUACAGCAACUGCUAGCUCCACCACCAGCAGCGAUGCUUCAUCCACCACCGCAGCCACCAACGGCACCACCACCACUGGAUCAUCUACAUCCACUCGUGCAUCCAGCACUGGAAGCCGAACCAGCACUACUAGCCCAACUACCACCGCAGUUGUACCAAACUCCAACUCAGCCGCUGAUAUCGCUUCCCCACUCGCAUUGGUAUUCUUGACCUUUGCAGCUAUCCUCUCAUUCAACUAG